UGACGGCGCACCCGGAAGCGCCCGGCAGUUCGGCGGCCGGGCCGGGCGGCGCGGGGCUGAUGCGCGAGGGGGAGAGGCCGGUGCCCCGGCUGGACGGGCGGUUCCUGCGGCGGUUCCUGCGGCUGCAGGCUGUGCUCUUCCCCGGGUGGCCCUCCCCCAGCGCCCUCAUGUUCCUGACGCUGCUCUGUGUCGCCUUGCUAGAGCAGCUGGUUAUUUACCAGGUCGGCAUCAUCCCCAGCCAGUACUAUGAGGUGCUGGGGAACAAGGACUUCUCCGGCUUCAAAACGCUGACUGCCGUUGCCCUGACUCUGAUCGUAGUGAAUUCCACGCUGAAGAGCUUCGACCAGUUUAUCUGCAACAUGAUGUACGUGAGCUGGAGGAAGUCUCUCACCGAAUACCUCCACAGCUGCUACUUCCAAGGCCAGGUCUACUACAGCCUGCAUGUGCUGCGCGAGGACAUCGAUAACCCGGACCAGCGCAUCAGCCAGGAUGUGGAGAGGUUCUGCAAGCAGCUCAGCUCCAUGGCCAGCAAGCUCAUCAUCUCGCCCUUCACACUGGCUUACUACACGUACCAGUGCUUCCACAGCACAGGCUGGCUAGGCCCGGUGAGCAUCUUUGGGUAUUUUGUCAUUGGGACGAUUGUCAACAAGGUACUGAUGAGCCCAAUUGUGUCUAAACUGGUGCAGCAGGAAAAACUGGAGGGGGAUUUCAGGUUCAAGCACAUGCAGAUUCGUGUCAAUGCUGAACCAGCUGCUUUCUACAGGGCCGGGCGAGUGGAGCACAUGCGCACAGACCGGAGGCUGCAGAACCUGCUGCAGACCCAGAGGGAGCUGAUAGGCAAGGAGCUGUGGCUAUACAUUGGCAUCAACACCUUUGCCUACCUGGGCAGCAUCCUGAGCUACGUGAUCAUUGCCAUUCCCAUCUUUUCUGGGGUCUACAGUGACCUGAGUCCAACAGAGCUCAGUGCCCUCGUCAGCAAGAAUGCUUUUGUUUCCAUCUACCUCAUUGGCUGCUUCAGCCAGCUUAUAGAUCUCUCCAGCACCUUGACCGAUGUAGCUGGCUACACGCACAGGAUUGGUGAACUGCAGGAGACCUUGUUGAGCCUUGGCAGAAAAAAAAAAGAUAACUACUCAGAAGCCAAAGCCAGCUGGGAUUUGGACGGCAGCCAUUCUGGGGAGGACCCGCUGCCAAGGGACACAGCUUUCCUUCUGGAGCGAGUGACACUCUCAGUGCCAUCCUCUGGCAAGCUGCUCAUCAAGGACUUGAGCCUGAGGAUCUCACAAGGAAACAGCGUGAUGAUUGUGGGGAACACUGGCACAGGGAAGACAUCUCUCCUGAGGGUCCUUGGGGGACUCUGGGAGAGCACACAGGGGAGCAUCAAGAUGCUGACCUGCUUUGGCCCCCGGGGAGUGGUGUUCCUGCCGCAGCGGCCCUUCUUCACCGAUGGAAGCCUGCGCGAGCAGGUGAUCUAUCCUCUGAAGGAGAUCUAUCCAGUUUCAGGAUCUGCAGAUGAUGAGAGAAUUGUGCGAUUCCUGGAGCUGGCUGGGCUGACGGAUUUGCUGCUGAGGGCUGGAGGACUGGACAAGCAGGUGGACUGGAACUGGUAUGAUGUGCUGUCCCCAGGGGAGAUGCAGAGGCUGUCGUUUGCACGGCUCUUCUACCUCCAGCCAAAGUAUGCGGUGCUAGAUGAAGCCACCAGCGCCCUCACAGAAGAGGUGGAGCAUGAACUGUACCGUGUGUGCCUUCAUCUGGGUAUGACGCUGAUCAGCGUGGGACACAGGGCCAGCCUGGAAAAGUUCCACAGCUGGAUUUUGAAACUUCAUGGGGAGGGAAGAUGGGAUCUCACUCGAUGUGAGAAGAUGAAGCGGCUCCCAGCUGGGGAAGGAUGCUGAAAAACAUACCUUUGUCUGGCCAGCCACAGAACCUGCACACGCGUGGGAGAGCUCUGAAUAGCACAGACAUGGAGCUGCCAAGCCAACAGCUGCCAACAAGGGAUUCAUCCAGUGCAAGACCAGUUCUACAUCUUGCUGAUGGUCACAAAGCCAAGUCUGAAUUCAUGGUGUGGGGUUCUGCCAGGAGCAGACACAUCUAUGCUAUCCUUCUCCCAGCCCCCUUCUCCUGCCUCCCCGUCUCUCAUGGGGGAAAGGGCUGAGCUGCUAGGCUGCCCAGAGAGAAGAUGCUGUCUCAUGGGGCUCGCAGAAGCAAUGGCCACCAGGAUGCAGCCUUCUGUUCUGACUUCUGCCUCUGGUACACAGCCCUGCAGAACAGGAUUCUGUACCUGUGGCUCUGUUGAGGGUUGUGCUCCCCAGCAGGAGCCAAGGGAUGCACUGUAAGGGGAGGAGAAUGCUGGCACAGAGAAGGGGCAUGUCUCUGCUCUCCUUAUGACACAUGGUUACAGGUCAAAGGAACAUUUUUGUAUUAAAAUCUGGGGCCUGUUUUCCAACGAUUUUUAUGAAGAAGAGUCGGUAUUUGUUAA